AGCAGGGGCAGAGGGAGGCGGGGUGGGGUCCCGAGGGUGACUGCAGGUCUGAGCAGAGCGGGGCGGGCACUAAGAACUCUUGGCGCACCCUGGCAGAGUUGCUUCUUCCCUUUGGGGUACCUCAGCCUCUCAGCCAUGACACGGGAGGCAGGAAGGCAGCGUGCAUGAUGUCAUCCCCAGGAGCCGUUCUCACCUGGGCUCUGGCCCUCCUGGCAGCCUUUUCCACUGGCCACGCACAGAAAGGCUUCUGGGACUAUUUCAGCCAGAGCAGCGGGGACAAAGGCAGGGCGGAGCAGAAGCUGGCAUGGGAGCCUGUGAACCUGAAAGACAGCCUCGAGCAAGACCUCAAUGACAUGGACAAGUUCCUGGAAAAGCUGGGCUCUCUGAGUGGUCAGGGGAGGGGGCCUCCUGGCCUCCCACCCCAGCCCCUGGACCCGCGGCAGCAGCUGCAGGAGGAGUUGGAGGAGGUGAGGGCACGCCUGGAGCCCUACAUGGCCGAGGAGCACAGGCGUGUGGGCUGGAACCUGGAGGGGCUGCGGCAGCAGCUGAAGCCUUACACGGUGAUGCUGAUGGAGCAGGUGGCCCUGCAUGUCCAGGAGCUGCAGGAGCAGUUGCAUCUGGUGGGAGAGGACGCCAGGGCCCAGCUGCUGGGGGGUGUGGACGAGGCGCGGGGCCUGCUGCAGGAGCUGCGGAGGCGCGUGGUGCACCACACUGCUCGCGUCCAGGCGCUCUUCCACCCUUACUCCGAGCGCCUGGUGACUGGCAUCGGGCGCCACGUGCAGGAGCUGCACCGCAGUGUGGUACCACACGCGGCCACCAGCCCUGUGCGCCUGAGCCGCUGCGUGCAGGCGCUCUCGCACAAGCUCACGCUCAAGGCCAAGGCCCUGCAUGUGCGCAUCCAGCACAACCUGGACCAGCUGCGUCAAGAGCUCAGCACCUUUGCAGGCACGGGCUCGGGUGAUGCGGAGGAAGGGGCCGACCCGGAUGCCCGGGUGCUGUCCCAGGAGGUGCGUCAGAGGCUCCAGGCUUUCCGCCAUGAUACCUUCCAGCAGAUAGCAGCCUUCACGCACGCCAUUGACCGGGAGACCGAGGAGGUCCGGCAGCAGCUGGCGCCGCCCCCACCAGGCCACAGCGCCUUCACCCCGGAGUUGCUUCAAGCGGACAGGGGCGAGGCACGAAGCAAGCUGCAGGCUCGUCUUGACGACCUGUGGGAAGACAUCAACUACAGCCUUCAUGGCCAUGGUCUUGGCCAUCUGGGGGAACCUUGAGGGUCUACCUGUUCAGGCACACUUGCCAGUUCCUUGUCUGAGGGAGCCCGGACCUGAGCCCCUAGGCAUGGCACAGUCCUUGACAAUGGCCUGCUGGGAAGAGGGUGGAGGACCCUGCACAGGAUAAGUGAGGCCAUGUAUGGGGCUGGUGUCCCCAGCAUGGCCUGGGUCCUGUGGUUCCCUCAUCUGGAUGCAUUACACUCACCAGGCUUUGCAAACCCAGGUUUGCCUGCUCAUUUGGGAAUCCUCAUGACUUACUCCAUGCCGGCAUGUGGGUGUGUGGAGGGAGACCCAGCCAUUCGAUGUAUUGUGUGAUAAUUAUGUGCAAACCUGUUGCCAUGGUGCUGGAAGCUUGUACCUCUUCAUCCCAGGGCUUGGUUCUUGAUCACCCUGGCCACCUGGUGGCCACUGCUAUAGCUGGUCCACAGAGAGGAGCUCUCUUCUCCCCAGGACUGACAUAACAGCUUCUGUUGGGGGAAGAGAAGGGAGAAAGGUGGAAAAUAUGAUGAGGAGAGCAUAUGAUGUGUGUGUGUUUAUAUAUCUCCUGGCUCUGAUGCUGAUGGGUACAAAUGGUGGGGGUGUGAUGAGAGGGAGCAGAGCCCAUUUUCUUCUUGCAUAGCUUUACAUCUAAACAGCUGACCAAGCCCUUCAAACUGUGGGGGCUUCUUAGACCCUCUGAAGUAUCUGUGUGCUCUCCCCAUCUCCAGCUCUUCCCUCCUGAUUCCCAGGCUGAAGUCUAGACUUCUGACUCAGAAGAAAUAUAUGCUUAUGAUGGAAGCUUA